AUGGAGAAAAUUCGCGACAAAGGAGGGCGAUUUAUCUCCAAAGGAAAACAAAGUAAAAUAACAUCGAUUAAAUGUAAUAGGCAGAAAAAUGUGGCAGUUGAGGUCCCUUCUACAAAUUCUCUAGCUGAUCCUGACGAUCCACUGCCUAUUCCAAAUGAUGAUUUCCAAAAUCCAAUCCACAUUUUGGAGCAUAACUAUGCCUACGAUCUAUCAAUAUAUGGAGACUGUGAAGAGGAAGUAGUUCCAGUGCUUAUUGAUGACGAAGAUACAUCACAUGUCAUAGAGUGGAACACAGGAAGAAGAAUUGUUGAAUUGGAAUUUAUUGUGAAUAAACUUAUAGAGGGUUGUUGUAAAUGUAAACAAUCUUUGAAUUUGAGAGACAUUUGUGGUGAACAGAGAUAUGGACUAGGUUCCUUAUUACAUAUCAAGUGUACUUUCUGUACCACAGGAUGCUCCAUGCAGGCAUUGGCGAGAAAAAAAUUAUCUAUGCUUCUAAGUGUAUUGAACAUCCCACCACUAUCAAAGACCUCUUUGAAAACAUCUGAAAGAGAAGUUGGUCGAGCAGUUGAAGAUGUUGCCAAAAAAAGUUGUAAAGAGUUUGCUAAUGCAGAGCAGGAAUCAUUUUGCAAUGAUGACUUUUCAGUCUCUUUCGAUGGAGGAUGGCAGAAAAGAGGUUCAGGGCGAUCUUAUUCAAGUUUGUCAGAACAUGCUGCAAUGAUAGGUAAAGAGACGGGAAAAUGCAUUGCCUAUGCAACAAGAAACAAGUUCUGCAGAGUGUGUGAAAGGGCAGAGAGGACUAAAAAGAUAUCCCUGAACAUAAGUGCAGGAAUAAUGGGUAUGAUGAAGGAACUUCAGGAUAGCAACAUUCAUAUUGGAAACAUAAUUAUGGAUAACGAUUCCACAACAGUAGCGAGAGCUAGAGCUGAUAUAAAUCCGGCCCUAAAGAAGCAAUCUUCACCACUAACAUACAAGCCUUGGCAAUUACCAUACCACAGAUAUCUGAACAACCAAGAUCUAAAGAGUGAUUUGACAUCUCUACUCAGCUUGUACACAUCACAGGCAGAUAAACUAGUAGACCUGGGCAGUACACAACCUAAUGAAAGCCUUAACAAUACCAUUGCUAGCAAGACUCCAAAACAAAACUUUUAUUCAGGAUCAGAAAGCAAUGAUUUCCGUGUUGCAGCUGCAAUUGCCCAAAAAAAUUGGGUCAAUGAAGUCUUCCUAUUAUCCCCAGGUGAAAUUACUUCUUCAAAAGCCAGAAAAAUAGAUUUGAAAAGGAAGAGAACUAAAGAAACUGAAGAUACAAGUACUUACAAGAAAAAAAGGGCACAGAAAAAGAUGGACCAGCAUAAAUCACAAGAGUCGGCAGAAGUGAGGGAAGGAAGAACAUACGAACCAGACACAGAUAUGAACAACAAUACUGAUCCAAACAGCAUCAAGGAAAUACCUCCACCUCUGAGAAAACCUGUACCUACUCCUAUUACUGAAGGUCAAUACACGUUUGUAUAUUUUGACUUAGAAACUACUGGUUUAGGUGACAAUUGUGAAAUAACACAGAUCGGGGCCUCUGUUGUCAAUGAUGAUGUGUUUUGUCAGUAUGUUUUGCCACUGACUCAACCAAUUUCUGCUUCUGCCACAGCUGUGUCUGGUAUUGCUACACAGAAUGGCUGCAUGUACAAAAAUGGACAUGAAGUUCAGUGUAUGAGGACACCAGAUGCAGUGAACAAUUUUAUACACUGGCUUGGAAAAUUUGGGAAAGUAUUGCUUGUGGCUCAUAAUGCCAAGUUUGACUCUCGAGUUCUAGUGCAUGUGUUGAGUUCCAUCGGUAUUAGUGCAUCAGAACACAUAAGUGGGUUUGUGGACACAUUAUCUCUACUUAGAGAACUUUACCCAGGCCGCAAGAGUUAUAAACAAGUAGACUUGCUGAAGGACCUGUGUGUGACUCAUUAUGAUGCUCAUGAUGCCAAAUCUGAUGCCUUGGCCUUACAAACUCUUUUAUUGUCUUUGUCAGUUUCAUGUCAGAUAAUGAUGAAGCAUAGUUUUUCUAUAGAUAAUUCUGUAGGUAAUGUUGUAGAUAAUUUGAAUUUUUUGAUGAUGAAAAUGAGAAACAUGCAAUCAUUGCAAAAUCUUAUUGAUAAUAAGAUUUUAUCCAAGUUUACUGUAAACAAAAUUGCUGAAACAGCUCUUCAUUUUCAGCACAUUUUAUUAGCUUACCAGAGAGACAAAGAAAACGGGGUAAGAACUCAGCUAUCAGAAAAAACAGCAGGAAAACCAAGAGUGACAGGAAAUUAA